AUGGCCGCUGGAAAGGGCAGGUCGCGGAGGCAAAUAAGGUGGCAGAUACCAUUGAGACAAUCGGGACAAAACGAGAAUGAACAGAGCACCAUGCUCAGAAUCACCGGCGAUAGGCGAAGCACCGAUGCUACCAGAGGAGUUGAGGGCACACGGGCGCACCAUGGUGCAGCGCAACAGGGCGACACUCCCUGCAGGAAGUACCGGCCACUACAUGGGCAUUUAACCCCUCGUGAAUGCUACCAAAUCUGCAAAGCGGCCUACCACCAUGCAGUCAUAACUGUGGCAUGCACAUUAAUAAAGAACUCAAGGUACCAGACAUUUUAUCCGUUCAUGGGAGAACUAAGCCAGUAA